CGCAAUGAAAAUUUCAAUGCGAACACGGAGAAGAGGAGGGAAGAGGGUGACUCGAGGUCGUGUGAUGGAGUCCAAAGACUUGAUGACGACGACCCGGGAGAGAGUCAUCGUCGACCCUAACAGCAUGGGCAAGGAGGGAGAUGAUGCGAUGGCCGCAUCGGGGACCGGCGUCGAGCUCGUCGUGACGCGGACGGAAGUCGACCUGAACUGCGGCGGGGUGGAGGAUGAUGCAGUGGAGGUUACAAGGCCACGACCCUACCCUCCACGACGACCUGGGGUAUCGGCAACUCGGAGCUGGCCGCCGAUGUGUGGGCCGAGAAGAGAGGACGGAGCUCCUGGCGGCGGCUGGUUUCGGGCAAAACCGAUCACGGGGAUGCUGUUCUCUGAGGAGGAGGAGGAAGAGGAACCAGAGGAGGUUGCCGAGGAUGGGGUCGAGGUUGGAGAUGGAUGAGAGGAUGAUGACGACCGAAACCGGGUGACUUUGGAAGGUGACGGUGGCGACGGAGCAAAGGUAAGCAGCGUUCCCGAAUUGUUGGAACCCAAUGGCGUGGGUUUUAAAAUUUGAUGAAAUGUUAGGGGCAACUUGGUCAUUUAAGAAGUGGGACAGAUUGGUGAAUUUUAGAAAGAUUGAGUAUGAAUGAGUAAUUUAUCAGGCCAAGGGUUAGUUUGUAAACAGUAGUUAUUUGGGUAUCUGAUGGGAAUAAGCCCGUUGGACUGGAAUGUUAAAUCAAAAAGUGGAAAUUGG